AUAUUAUUCAGCGCGUCUCACUCUUCGUCACACAUCUAACUUUUCGCUUUAUCCCCCCAUCAUGUCUUUUGCUGCGUUUCGUGCCCCACUUCGUAGGCAGGCUUUGUCUGCUUCCUUCAGGAGAGCUGAGUUGCGCACCUCUUCCUUCCGUAAGUAUUCGACGGAGGCACCCAAAGCGGCCAAGUCCAACACUGGUCUCUAUGUUGGUUUGGGUGCUGUCGUUCUGGGCGGUGGUGUCGCAUACUACUUGUACGACUCAUCCUCGGAGACUGCGAAAUCGACUUCUACUGCGCUGAAGUCUGCAGCUCAGUCGGCAAAGGUUGCUACAAACUUUGUCCCGACCAAGGAAGAUUACCAAAAAGUGUACAACCGCAUCGCCGAGGUAAUUGACGAUGCUGGUGACUACGAUAAUGGCUCUUUCGGCCCCGUGGUUCUCCGCCUGGCGUGGCAUGCAUCUGGCACAUACGACAAGGCUACUGGCACUGGUGGAAGCAACUACGCAACCAUGCGUUUCCAGCCCGAAUCUCUCCACGGAGCUAACGCGGGUCUUCACGUCGCCCGUGAUUUGAUGGAGAAGGUCAAGCAAGAAUUUAGCUGGAUCAGCUACGGUGACUUGUGGACGCUUGCUGGUGUCGCUGCUGUCCAGGAGAUGGCUGGCCCAAAGGUUCCUUGGAGGCCUGGUCGCAUUGAUGGUUUUGAAUCACACGUACCCCCUGAUGGCCGUCUUCCUGACGCCUCCCAAGGCGCACCGCAUAUCCGGGAUAUUUUCUACCGUAUGGGCUUCAACGACCAAGAAAUCGUUGCUCUCUGCGGUGCCCAUGCUCUUGGCCGCUGCCACACUGACCGGUCUGGUUUCGAUGGACCUUGGACCUUCUCUCCUACCAUGUUCACUAAUGACUACUACAAGCUCUUAUUUGAUGAGAAGUGGGUGUGGAGGAAGUGGAACGGACCUAAGCAGCUUGAGGACAAGAAGACCAAGUCGCUUAUGAUGCUCCCAACCGACUACGUUCUUACCCAGGACAAGAGCUUCAAGAAGUACGCGAAGGCCUACGCUGACGAUGUUGACUUGUUCUUCAAGGACUUCUCUGCCGCUUUCUCCAAGCUCCUCGAGCUAGGUGUCCCCACUCAGCAGUUUGUUGCAUCCGAUGCUUGGAUUAUGCAGACUGUUGACGACCAGAAGUCCUAAAGAGCAAUUUAUCCUGGAAAGUAGACUAUGUUACCUUGCUUCAUCUUACCGAUAGAUUUAGGAGCACAACAGUAGCUUGAGCUUAUAAGUACAGUACCUUAUACGUACUAACGUCUGGCGGAUUGACUUUUAGGUGCUUCAUUCGUAGAUAAUUGGUUAGACUGGGAUGAAGUUACUUGUUGAUCAAUCCGUCAUCUCAUCAUGUGAACAUCGCAGCGUACGUAUUUGUUGACGACUUGCCAACACAAUACCGUUCU